CUGCCAUUGUCUGUAUUUGCAAAUAGAAGUCGAUAUAUGACUUUGAUAUAACCAGAUAUUAACAAUAGCAUCAAAACCAUCAUCACUCAACCAACGCUGAUCGCGGGACUUCGUGUCGUGCAUCCGGAAGUCUAAAUUGUUCCGUUCCGGGGCUGGCCCUCCCCGCGUCCCUCCCGCCCCGCAACUGCCUCUGCUGCACCUGAGCUCAGGACACCCGCUCUCGAGCACUUCCCGGCAUGGCUCCCGCCUCCCCCCACAUGCGCAUACUCCCCCGGAUCCCGGAACACGGUAACACACCCGCAAGCUGUUUUGCUAUCCCACGGUGACGCUGCUUACGUCUAAGUCACAAUCCAUCAUUGUUCUCGUGCCCGCGCUCCCGAUAGGGUAGGAACACAAUGAAUCUCUCGGACACAAAAGAAGAUUUUGCUGUCGACAGUCACCAGGAACAUGCCGACGGCCCUCCCACGCUCGACGACGUGAUUCCACACCACUCGCGGCCGUGGUAUUACACCCGCUCGCUUCUCUGGCUCAACUUCCUCCUGCUCGUGCCUAUCCUCUCGUCCUCCGCAACCGGCUUCGACUCGUCGAUGCUCAACGGCCUACAGAGCCAGACGCAGUGGGCAGAAUACUUUGACCAUCCUUCCGGCUACAGACUCGGCCAUCUUUCCUGCGGUCCUACCUACGGGACCAUCCUCGGCGUGUUCCCUGGUGGCUACAUCGCCGACCGAUGGGGUCGCAAGCGAGGCAUCCUCGUCGGCGCGCUCAUCGCCGCCGCCGCGUCCGCGAUCCAGGCUGCGUCCCAGAGCUACGGCAUGUUCCUCGCCGCGCGCGUGCUCAUCGGCGUCGGCUCCAGCAUCGCAAUCAUCUCAUCGCCCUCGCUGCUGUCCGAACUCUCGUACCCGACUCACCGUGCGGCGAUGACGACCGCCUACAACAUCAUGUGGUAUGGUGGCGCCACCCUCGCGGCCUGGGUCACCUACGGUACCUACUGGAUGGGUGACUCCAACCAGUGGUCAUGGCGCAUCCCCUCUGUCCUGCAGGGGUUCUUCCCGCUCUGCCAGCUCGCGCUCGUACACUGGCUGCCCGAGUCGCCCCGGUUCCUCAUCUUCCACGACCGCAUAGACGAGGCGCGCCGGAUCCUCGUGGCCUUCCACGCCGAUGGCGACGAGCACAGUCCGCUGGUUGACUACGAGCUCUCGGAGAUCAUCCAGACGCUCGAGCUGGAGAAGGAGAACAAAAAGCUUGGCUUUGGCGUCCUGUUCGCUUCCGAAAACCGGCGCCGCGCAUUCAUCGCCGUCAUGAUGCCCUUCAUGCAGCAAAUGUCCGGCAACGGCCUGGUAUCCUACUACCUCUCCCUCGUGCUGACUUCGAUCGGCAUCUCCUCUGCCUCAGAGCAACUGAUGAUCAACGGCUGCCUCUGCAUCUACAACUGGGUAAUCGCCAUCGCCCUCAUAAACACUGUCACCAAGUUCGGCCGCCGCACCCUGCUCCUCCUCUCGACUUCGCUCAUGCUCCUCACGUUCGUGCUCUGGACCGUGCUCUCGGCUCUCAACGAGGAGCGCCAGUAUCAAGACAAGGCCCUAGCCCGUGGCGUCUUGGCCGUCAUCUUCCUCUACUACUUUGCCUACAACAUCGGUCUGCUAGGGCUCCCCUACCUCUACCUGACCGAAGUCCUCCCUUACUACAUCCGCUCACAGGGUCUCUCGCUCGGCCAAUUCACCGGCGCCUGCACGGGAAUCUAUAACGCGUACAUCAACUCGAUCGCAAUGAGCGCAAUCAGCUGGCGCUACUACACCGUCUACUGCGCAAUCAUCUUCUUUGAAUUCCUCACCGUCUUCUUCAUGUUUCCCGAAACUAAAGGCGCUACGCUCGAAGAGUCGUCCGUGGCGUUCGAGCUUAAUUUGCGCAGUGGCAGUGUUCACGAGGGCUUGGAUUUAGAGGAUUUGGAGGAUUUGGAGAAUCUCAAGGGGCUCGCUCGAAAGAGUUAGUGGCGGCGCUCUUUUGUUUUGUAUUAAGG